GAAAUCGGCCGCUGCUAGGCAUGGGCGCCCGGAGGUAAAGGCAUCCAGGGGGAAGGCCCGGGGCCCGAGCGGAGCUCCAGCCCAGUCCUGCUGGCUUCCUCAGUGCCUGCGACGCUCAGAUGCCCCCAGCUCUGGCCAGCCAGCCGGAAACUUUGUCCUGCAAAGUCCCCCACCUGCCUGACCACACUGUGCGGCGCCUGGUCGGCCGAGCGCCCUCCAGAGCCCCGCAAACCCGCGCGCGAUUGCCUGGCCGCCCAGUAACCCGCGACCGCGGCGCCCUGCCGCCAGGAUGCGCUACGCGGACCCCUCGGCCAAUCGCGAUUUGUUGGGGAACCGAACUUUGCUUUUCAUCUUCAUCUGCGCCUUCGCCUUGGUGACCUUGCUGCAACAGAUUCUCUAUGGCAGGAACUACAUCAAGAGGGUGAAGCAGUCGGAACUGUUUGACAGGUGGAAGAGCCUCCAGAUGUGCAAAUGGGCGAUGAACAUCUCUGAGGCCAACCAGUUCAAGUCCACUUUGUCCAGGUGCUGCAACGCCCCUGCCUUUCUCUUCACCACCCAGAAGAACACUCCCCUGGGGACGAAGCUCAAGUAUGAGGUGGACACGAGCGGCAUCUACCACAUCAACCAGGAGAUCUUCCGCAUGUUUCCCAAGGACAUGCCUUACUACCGGUCCCAGUUUAAGAAGUGUGCAGUGGUUGGCAACGGAGGCAUCCUAAAGAACAGCCGCUGUGGGAGAGAGAUCAACAGUGCCGACUUUGUCUUCCGGUGCAACCUGCCCCCCAUCUCAGAGAAGUAUACCAUGGACGUGGGGGUGAAGACAGAUGUGGUCACCGUGAACCCCAGCAUCAUCACUGAGAGGUUCCACAAGCUGGAGAAGUGGCGGCGGCCGUUCUACCGCGUGCUGCAGGUGUACGAGAACGCGUCGGUGCUGCUGCCGGCCUUCUACAACACGCGCAACACGGACGUGUCCAUCCGCGUCAAGUACGUGCUGGACGACUUCGAGUCCCCGCAGGCGGUCUACUACUUCCACCCCCAGUACCUGGUCAACGUGUCACGCUACUGGCUGAGCCUGGGGGUGCGCGCCAAGCGCAUCAGCACCGGCCUCAUCCUGGCCACCGCGGCGCUUGAGCUCUGCGAGGAGGUGCACCUGUUUGGCUUCUGGGCCUUCCCCAUGAACCCGUCGGGCCUCUACAUCACCCACCACUAUUACGACAACGUGAAGCCACGGCCCGGGUUCCACGCCAUGCCCUCGGAGAUCUUCACCUUCCUCCACCUGCACAGCCGCGGCAUCCUCCGCGUGCACACGGGCACCUGCAACUGCUGCUGAUGCCCCGCCAGGCUGUCGGGCAAACGGGGUC